UUUCCUCUCUCUCUCUCUCUCUCUCUCUUGUGUGCGCGAAAUUGAAAUAUUUGGGAAGGAAAAUGGCGAAGGAUCGAAGGAAUGGAUCUGUACCAGAAAGAGAUGGCAGAGAAGACGAAGACGAAGAAUACGUGAGAAGAGAAGAAGAUGCACCGUCGAAGAGGGAUCAUGAGAAGAAAUCGAAAAGGAAGAAAGAGGAAGAGACUGACGACGACAACGGAGAUGGAGAGUCUAGAGGUAAUGAAGAGGAUAAAAGGCUGAGCAGUAGAAGCAAGGAUAAGAAGAAGGAGAAAAGGAGGAGGAACUCUGAUGGAAGGUCUCGGAGGCGCCACAGCGACGACGAUUCGUCCGCUUCGUCUGAUUCUUCUUAUUCGUCCGAUUCGGAGGACUCGUUUAGUGAUGAUUCUGAGUCAGAGAGUUCUGAUUAUUCGUCAGAGGGGAGUGAAAGCGAAGACGAGCGGAGGCGGAGAAAGCACCGGGAAAAGAGGAAGAGAAAGGGAAGGGAGUAUGAGAAGGAGAGGCGUCGGAGACGUAGAGAAAGGGAGAAGGAAAGGGGCAGAAAGAGGAGAAAGAGGGAUAAAGACGAGAAGAAGAAGAAGAAGUCGAAGGAUAAGCAUAAAAAGAAAAGGUCGGAUAGGACGAAAGAAGAUGGGAAGAAGGGAGCUGUUACGAAUUCAUGGGGGAAAUACGGGAUUAUCAAGGAGACCGACAUGUGGAAUAAACGACCAGAAUUCACUGCAUGGUUAGCAGAAGUUAAGCAGGUGAACCUAGAAACUCUAUCCAACUGGGAAGAGAAGCAAAUGUUCAAAGAAUUCAUGGAGGAUCAUAAUACAGCUACCUUUCCUUCAAAAAAAUAUUAUGGUUUAGAUGCUUACCAUAGGCGUCAGAUGGAAAAAGAGAUGAAAAAAGGUUCAAAGAAGUUCCUGCAAAUAGAGCGUACUGUAUUUAAUGAUGAAGAGCAGCGUCGGCAAGAAUUGAUGCGAGAGCGUGAAAAACAGAAGGAAGAACAGGUGGAAUCCUUAAAGUGCAUGAUGCAGAGUGGAAUGGCACAGGCAAUGAAAGAGCAAGCCCAGCUUAGAGAAGAAAUGGCAUAUCAGUACAAGCUCGGAAAUUUUGAGGCUGCAGCUGCCAUUCAAAGAAGAUUGGACCCAGAUGUUGCCAUGUAAGGCUCUAUGGUGCCCCUGCAUGGUAUCAGAAUCAUUGUUGCACUAUAAUUUGCUUUUAUACAGUUAUUGGCAGAUACUGUCAAUGUACUGCACUUUGGGCUUCACUUGUGUAAAUGCGUUAGCCGUUAGGCUGCAGAAGGAUAGAGGCGUAGAGCUCCUGUUUUUAACUUUUGGCUGCUCACUACUACAUUGUCUUAUUUUGGUGAAUGACUAAAUUGAAUCUCCUUGGAAAACAUUUUUACAUUCUC